AUGGGUAGAAGUAGUAAGGAUAAGCGUGAUUUAUAUUACAGAAAGGCGAAGGAAGAGGGAUGGCGUGCGCGUUCCGCUUUCAAAUUGCUACAACUAAAUGAACAAUUUGAUCUUUUCAAAGACGUGAAGAGAGUGGUAGAUUUAUGUGCUGCUCCUGGAUCCUGGUCCCAGGUUCUGAGUAGAGAGAUUUUCAAGGAUAGCACAAACGAGGAUGCAAAGAUUGUUGCGGUUGAUUUACAGCCAAUGUCCCCGAUAGACCACGUUAUAGAACUACAGGCAGAUAUCACACAUCCGAAGACCUUGGAAAAAAUAAUGGACAUUUUCGAUGGAGAAAAAGCAGAUUUUGUUUGUUCCGAUGGUGCUCCUGAUGUUACGGGGUUGCAUGAUUUAGAUGAAUACAUUCAAGCACAGCUCAUUUUGAGUGCUCUUCAGCUUGCGACCUGUAUCUUGAAAAAUGGUGGUACCUUUGUUGCCAAGAUUUUCAGAGGUAGAGAUAUUGAUUUAUUAUACAGCCAGCUCGGUUAUUUAUUCGAAAAAGUCAUAUGUGCUAAGCCAAGAGCCUCCAGAGCCAGCUCGUUGGAGGCAUUCAUUGUCUGUAUAGGUUACAAACCUAGAGAAGGUUGGGUUCCGACACUAAAUCCAGAACUGUCUACUGAAGAAUUUUUCCAGGAUAUGAAGAUAGGAAGGGCCAGUCUUAACAAAGAUCUUGAGUUCAUUGAGGAAGAAAGAAAGGUUGCACCAUUCAUUGCAUGCGGAGACUUAAACUCGGUUGAUUCUGAUGCUACUUAUGCAUUGGAUGAGAACUUGAAAACUUUGAGCUUAGAUCCUGUUCAGUCCCCUACAGCUCCUCCAUACAAAAAGGCAUUGGAAUUGAAGAGAAAGGGACAAUUGAAGAUCACCAAAUAG